AUGAUCCGUUCGGCGUCAUUAAAAAAGCUUUCUCCUCCUUUAACAGUACUAAAGCCUCGAUAUCCAUUUCGGAACACAUAUCGAGCCUUUGCCUCUUCUAUCCCCAAUAUCCCCACCAAGGCAAGUGUUGCCCAUCGAGCUUUUUUAUUUUUAUUUUUAACAUUCGCUUUUCCCAUUGUGGCUGAUAAGUAGCGCUUUAGGACCCCAUAGAACUAGACAACAUCACCACACUGCCUAAUGGCAUCCGAGUUGCAACAGAAGCAUUACCAGGCCACUUCUCCGCCCUAGGGGUGUACAUCGACGCUGGUUCCCGGUACGAGAGCUCCCGCAUUCGCGGUGUCAGCCAUUUAAUCGACCGCCUAGCCUUCAAGAGCACAAGUGCCCGUAGUUCCGACAGGAUGCUCGAGACGCUUGAAUCUUUCGGCGGGAAUGUACAAUGCGCCUCGUCGCGUGAAUCGCUAAUGUACCAGUGCGCCAUCUUCAACAAGGACGCCCCGUCCAUGAUGGGGCUCCUCGCGGAAACCAUCCGUGACCCACUAAUCACGGAGGAGGAGGUCGCACAACAGUUAGACACUGCGGCUUACGAGAUUCAAGAGAUCUGGGCAAAACCGGAGUUAAUACUACCCGAGUUGCUGCACAUGACGGCGUAUCGGGAUAACACUCUGGGUAAUCCGCUGUUGUGUCCGGCAGAUAGGCUUGACGAGAUCCGGAGGGAGACGAUAUUGGAGUAUAGGGAUAUAUUCUAUCGGCCCGAGAGGAUCGUCGUCGCCCUCGCAGGUGUGGAUCAUUCCACCGCGGUGAAGCUGGCCGAGAGAUAUUUCGGGGAUAUGAAGAGUGUGGAGCCGUCGCCCCCGCCACUACAUGCCGGCGCGUCGCCGCUGGGUAGUAGUAGUAGUAGUAGUAGUUACGCAUCGGCCCUUUCCUCUGGAAUCCUCUCCAAAAUCCCGCUAGCGAAGAACCUCUCCACCAGCGCCCCCCGUUCAGCAGACGUCCACCCCUCUUACCCAGGCAUAAACCUCUCCAUCCCAUCGCACUACACUGGCGGCGCUACCACCCUUCCGCCAUCCGACCUCCCUUCACACCUGCCAACCUUCACUCAGCUGCAAAUUGCUUUCGAAGGUUUGCCCAUCUCAGAUCCCGACAUUUACGCCCUAGCAACGCUCCAAACCCUCCUCGGCGGCGGCGGUUCCUUUUCCGCCGGCGGACCCGGGAAAGGGAUGUACUCACGCCUCUUCACCAAUGUGCUAAACCAGCACGGCUGGAUAGAGUCCUGCAUUGCCUUCAACCACUCAUACACGGACUCGGGUCUCUUCGGCAUCGCCGCUUCCUGCCACCCAGGCGCGGGGCCGCACUUAGUGGAUGUGAUGCUGAAGGAACUCGCCGCGACAGUUACGAAAUCCGGCCACUCCAGCCUCAAGAGCGCGGAAGUCGUCCGUGCCAAGAAGCAGCUACAAUCUUCACUAUUGAUGAAUCUAGAAUCCCGGAUGGUAGAAUUGGAGGACUUGGGAAGGCAGGUGCAGGUUCACGGCAAGAAGCUCAGCCCCCUCGAGAUGUGUCGCGAGAUCGAGAAAUUGGAGGUCAAGGAUGUGAGGAGGGUCGCUGAGAGGGUAUUGCUCGGCAAAGUGGAGAAUGCAGGGAAAGGCAGGGGCGGGGCUACGGUUGUUGUGCAGGGCGGUGAGGCGGAGGUAGCAGCUAUGGGGGAUCUGUUGGAAGCUGUGGGGAGGUACAAACUUGGUAGAGAGUAACUUGAUUCGAACGGUCUUUUCUUUGCUUAAGAGGGAGGGAUUCUUGUAACAUACUUUACACAAGGGGUUUAGGAAAUGCUUGGGCUGGUUAGGUUUUGCCAUGGGUGGGAGAUUGCUAGAGUUGUUUCCUUUCCCCCCACGAUAUUCUAAAAUUUUUCCCAAUG